ACCUCGAAUGAAGGAAGAUCCGGCCUUCCUCGAUCAGCAAUGGAUGGACACUUUCCGAAUCUUUCUGUGUGGCUUUGGGUCUUAGGGGGAGUGGAUACUUCCCAGACUGGGGUAUGGUCUCCAUUUCCCAAGUGAUGGCCCCGGCACCAGGAGAAAGAAGCCCUCAGGGGUAUAUAAACCUCGACGAAGAUCUCUUUUCCUCGUCCUUCGUCAAGCUCUCUGUCAAUCGCUACAUCUUCAAGUGUUUGUUGUUUCUUUUUUGUUUCUUUUUUUUUUUUUUAACCAGUCUGUCGUUAAACCACUUUUUGGCUGUUCACAGCCAUUAUUCUUUCUUUUUUACCCUUUCUUGAUAGACUACGCCUUUCCGGCCUAUACGCUCAUUC